UGUUUUAUUUCGGACUGUCCUUAUCUCUCAAUAGCUGGCAAUGUGAAUUAUUUUAUCAGGUGGAAUGUUGAAGAUUUGACAUCUCAUUUGAACGAUGACACACGAGUACAAAAGUGUUACACAAAUCCAAUAAAACUGUUUGGAUAAUGCAUAUUUACUUUUGUGUGUGAUAUUCAAAGAAAAUGUCAGGAAAAUAAUUUCAAGUUUUACUUUAGAAGUUUUUCAUACUUCAAAAAUGACUACGAAAGAACUCUAUACAAAGGGUGCUAAAAUAUGGGUGCGACAUCCAGAUUUGGUAUGGGAAACAGCGACAGUGACGGAGCAUUACACAGGAUCCAUAUUGCACAUAAUACUGGAUGAAUCCCAAGUACAUCAAGAAAUUGUAAUAAAGAAUGAUAAUGAUUUACCACCCUUGAGGAAUCCAGACAUACUAUUGGGAGAAAAUGAUUUGACCUCGCUAUCAUACCUUCAUGAACCAGCAGUAUUACACAAUUUGCAAGUUAGGUUUUGCCAGAAUAAAUCAAUAUAUACGUACUGUGGAAUAGUUCUAGUAGCAGUAAAUCCUUAUGCAGAAUUACCUUUAUAUGGACAAGAUUCGAUUGCAGCAUAUCGGGGGCAUGCACUUGGUGAUCUGGAACCACAUAUAUUUGCUGUGGCUGAAGAAGCUUAUGCAAAAUUAGAACGUGAAGGAAGAGAUCAGAGCAUUAUAGUCAGUGGAGAAUCAGGUGCAGGUAAAACAGUAUCUGCCAAAUAUGCCAUGCGAUACUUUGCUUGUGUUGGAGGUAGCGAUACCGAAACUCAAGUGGAAAGAAAAGUCUUGGCGUCUAGUCCAAUUAUGGAGGCCAUUGGAAACGCUAAAACUACCAGAAAUGACAAUAGUUCCCGUUUUGGAAAAUUUAUAGAACUCAGGUUUAAUAAACAUCUUCACAUUGCCGGUGCUUCUAUGAGGACGUAUCUAUUGGAAAAAUCUCGUGUAGUAUUUCAAGCUAACGGAGAACGCAAUUACCACAUAUUUUAUCAGUUAUGUGCAAGCAGAAAAGAAAUGCCGUUUUUACAUUUAGAUCAUCAAGAUAAUUUUAAUUACUUGAACCAGGGCGAGUGCCCUAAUAUAGAAAGUGUAUCCGAUGAUAAGACUUUUACUGAAACGCGGUUAGCGCUGGCUACUUUAGGAUUCUCCAACACUGAACAGGAAGAUAUGUUCAAAGUCUGGUCAGCAGUAUUGCAUUUAGGAAAUAUUAAAUUUCUUUCCAACAGCACCAAUGAAGAAUCAGAUACUAGUUAUAUAGCUAAUACAGAUAAACAUUUAGAAUAUUUUUGCACCUUAUUGGGAAUUGAAAUGAAGGCAAUGCAGCAAUGGUUGUGCAUUAGACAAAUUAUUUCAAUGAAUGACGUAAUACAGAAACCAAUGUCACAACAAGAAGCAAACAAUUCACGUGAUGCAUUAGCUAAGCACAUUUAUGCAAAGUUAUUUGAAUACGUAGUUAAAACUAUCAAUAAAACAUUGGAAUCUAGUGGCAAAACAAGGCAGUGUAUAGGGGUAUUGGAUAUCUAUGGUUUUGAAACUUUUGAAAUAAAUUCCUUUGAACAAUUCUGUAUCAAUUAUGCUAAUGAGAAAUUGCAACAGCAAUUCAACAAGCAUGUUUUUAAACUCGAACAGCAAGAAUAUUUGAAAGAGGGUAUUGCAUGGAAAAUGAUUGAUUUUUAUGAUAAUCAGCCAUGCAUAGAUUUGAUAGAAUCCCGACUAGGUAUUUUGGACUUGCUCGAUGAAGAGUGCAAGAUGCCAAAAGGCAGUGAUUCAUCAUGGACUGAAAAGUUAUAUUCAAAGUGUUCAAAACAUUCCCAUUUUAAUAAACCUCGAUUUGGGACAUCAGCUUUUGUUAUACAUCAUUUUGCUGACAAGGUUGAGUAUGAAUCCGUGGGAUUUUUAGAGAAGAAUCGUGAUACUGUGAUGGAACAACAGAUAGAAGUUUUAAAACGCUCUAAUAAUUCUUUAGUGUGCGAAUUAUUUUCUGUGAUCGAUCCGGCUAAAAAGUCUACACCUAGAGUUAAAGUAAAAGUUACAACGCAUUUGGGAAAUGAAACUAUGUCGUCUAAGCAGAACAAAAAGAGUGUGGGUUCUCAAUUUCGUGAGUCUCUGGGUUUGCUAAUGAGCACUUUGGACUCAACAACUCCACAUUAUGUUAGAUGUAUUAAGCCCAACGAUGAUAAAAUGGCGUUCACUUGGGAAGCGAGCCGUGCAGUGCAACAACUACGAGCUUGCGGUGUUCUAGAAACUAUUCGCAUUUCCGCAGCAGGAUUUCCAUCUCGCUGGUGUUAUGUCGACUUUUUUUCCAGAUAUCGCGUACUGUGCCAUUCUAAAGACGUCAAUCGUUCAGAUAUAAUUGCGACGUGUAAGAUAAUUUUAACCAAAUGUAUAAAAGAUGCUGACAAAUAUCAGUUUGGUCAAACUAUGAUAUUUUUUAGAGCUGGUCAAGUUGCUUACCUUGAAAAACUUCGAGCAGAUCAACUUAGUCGAUGCUGUAUCAUAAUGCAAAGUCAAAUGAGAGCAUUUGUCAAAAGAAUGCAAUAUUUGAAACUUAAGAAAUCAAUCAUUGGAAUACAACGAUAUGGGCGUGGUCUGUUAGGACGAAGGAAAGCAGUAAAACUUCGGCAAAACAUAGCGGCUAUUACCAUACAGAAAUACGUUAGAAAGUGGAUAGCGAGGAAGAAAUUUUUGGAAUUGAAAGCUACUGCAUUGUUUAUACAGAAGUAUGGUCGUGGAUAUUUGGCGCGGCUGAAAUAUCAAAGAUUGCUGUAUGAUUCAAAGGCGACUUUGAUACAGAGACAUGUCCGAGGAUGGUUGGCUAGACGAAGGUAUAAUGCAUAUAUAAAAAAAAUUAUCAUAUGUCAAUCAGCAAUUCGAAGAAAACUUGCCAGGAAGAAGUUCAGGGUAUUGAAAGCCGAAGCUCGAUCUGUGGAACAUGUUAAAACAUUAAAUAGAGGAUUGGAGAAUAAGAUAAUCUCACUACAGCAAAAGAUUGAGGAACUCAAUAAAAAGAAUUCUGUUAUGAAUGCUGUAUUGGCAGAAAAUCAGGAUCUUAAGUCAAAGCUAGGAACAUUGAAAACAUUAGAACAAGAACUAAAACGAUUAACUUUAGUGAUGGAUGAAAAAGAUCGCUCAUUAAAAGAUCUCAAUGAUAAAUUGCGUGUUGAGCAAGAUGAAAAGAUGCAAAUAGUUGAAGAAAGACAACAGUUGGAAGUAGAUAUGAAUAAAGAAAUUGAAACUCUUAAAGUAGAACUUUCUCAAGUCCAAAAACAUACUGAAGAAAAAGAAUCAGUUGUUAAAGAGGAUGUGCAGAAGACAUUAGAAGCUGAAAGAUUACAACAUAAUGAUGAAAUCGAACAACAACGUGCUUUGUAUCAGAAAUUACUUUUGGAACACCAUGCAUUAGAAAAAAGAACUGAGAGCAUGCAAGAACAAUUGGCCAGGUUAACAAGACUAACUCAGUUCGCAGACAAUUCAACUCUCUUAGAAGAUUGUCAAAUCAGUUCAGGUUCUCCUUCAGAAGAUGACUUUGGGUAUGGAUCAGUACGAAGCACACCUGCUCCACAACAUACAAAAUUGGAUAGUAUUGACUGGAAGAAGUCUGAUCAAUACAAUGAGAAUUUAGGAAGUGGAGAUAGCCGUGAUGUUGGUUUAAUUCUAAAACUUCAACAAAAGUUACACACUGUUGAAAUGGAUAAAUCGCGAUUAUUGAAUCGUAUUGAGGAGUUAGAAAAGGGCAAUGUUGAUUACAAAAGUUUUGAGGAUGGCAUUCGAUCUGCUGAAUUGGAAAUAGAAAAUGAAAAGCUUAGAAAAGAUUUAAUGCUGUUGAGACAAACAGUAAUUGAUCGUAAUUUCACAGGAGUUGAGAAGAAAGAGAUUUUAGAACAAUUGAAAGCGACCCAGGAAGAAUGUGAAAGACGGCGCGACGAAUGCAUUCAACUACGUACUGUUCUAGCCACUCAGAGCACUAAUUUACGUUCAUUAGGUGAAAAUUAUCCCACCGAUGAUCUUAGUGUGGUAAAUGAAGACGGAGAACUGAUUCACGCUUUUGAGUCACAGAAAAAAAUUAUCAGGCAAUUGGAAUCGGAGCUGCAAUCUGAAAAGAAUCAAAGUUUGAAUACUAAGCAAGAAAUGGCUUCAGAAAUUGACAGAUUGGUUGCAGAAAAUGAGCGUUUAGAAAAAUUGUUGCAGGGAAAUUUGGGGCCUGCUCAAACUAAGAUGGAAGCUUACAUGCAAUAUGAGAUAACGAGAUUAACAACAGAAAACUUGAAUUUACAGGAAGGAAAAGAUGCCUUAACUGAUAACUAUCAAAAGCUCAAAUCCCAAUUGCAUGUAUUGACAAAACGACUUACAGAUAAUGGUCUUUCUGAGUAUUUAGAACCUCAAAAACACACCAGCGCAACAAGUAAUGCUAUGACUGGAACAGAUGAAGUCCGAUUACCACACAUUAGAAAGAAGGAUCGGGAAUACUUUGGCAUGUUUGAAUACAAAUUUGAAGAUGAAAAUAUUAUUAUAAGACGCUUAGUAACAGAUUUAAAACCAAGAGUUGCUGCUACAUUGCUUCCAUGUCUUCCUGCAUAUAUUGUGUUCAUGUGCGUCAGAUAUACCGACAUGAUUAAUAAUGAUAUAAAAGUAAGAUCUAUCAUUCAAUCAUUCCUGACUGCUACUAGAAAAACUAUUAAGAAGCACGGAGAAAAUUUGGAUUACAGAGCCUUGUGGCUAGCUAAUAUGUUAAGACUUUUGCACAACUUAAAACAGUAUAGUGGCGAUGUGGCUUUCCAAAUCAAGAACACCCCAAAACAAAAUGAACAGUGUCUUGUAAAUUUUGAUCUUUCAGACCAUAGACAGAUGAUUUCUGAUUUCUGCGUUUAUAUUUAUCAAGAUGCAAUUCAACAUCUCCAAGAUAAACUUCAAGCUUUAAUUAUCCCUGCAAUUUUGGAACACGAAGCGAUCAGUGGCCUUACUAGCCAUAAACCAGCAGGGAUGCGAGGCAGGAGUUCUUCAGUGUCUGCUGAUAAUUCAAAGAAUGCAUUCAAAGCUCCUGAGCAACUGGUUUCAGAGCUGACCAAUAUUUUAAAAACACUUGGAUACUAUGGAGUUGAUCCUGAAAUUAUUGUACAGAUAUUUAAACAAUUGUUCUACUUUAUAUGUGGAACAUCCCUCAAUAAUCUGUUGCUGAGAAAAGACUUGUGCCACUGGUCAAAAGGAAUGCAGAUACGAUACAAUUUAUCACAUUUAGAAACAUGGACUCGUGACCACAAAUUAGAGGAAGUUCCAAUAUUGAGCACUUUGCAACCCAUUAUUCAAGCAGCUCAGUUACUGCAGGCACGAAAGUCGGACGAUGAUGUGCAAAGUGUCUGUGAUAUGUGUUCACAACUCACUCCAACACAGAUUUGCAAGAUUUUGAAUUUAUACACACCAGCUGAUGGAUAUGAAGAAAAGGUUUCUAUUGCUUUCAUUCGUAAAAUUCAAGAACAUUUACGAAAGCGAGAUAUUCCUGCUGAGAAGGACAUACUACUUAUGGAUCUCAAAAAUACAUUCCCUAUUAAAUUCCCAUUUAAUCCGUCAAGUAUAAGACUGGAGGAUAUAGAAGUCCCUGAAGUACUUAAAUUAGAAGUAUUGACCAAGAUAUAAAUGACUUAAAUAUAUAUGUGCUUAAGAUAUAGGCAAGAAAAUUGUGCCAUCAUUCCCAAGAUAGAUUAUAAUAUAAAU